GUUUUAUUUUUAAUACUGGAGUGGAAUUUAAUGAAGGGGAUGAAGUAGAAAUAAAAAUCAAGGGAGGGGUUCCAGCUCAUACUUGCAGUAUACAAGUUGAUCCAGAUUAUUCAGGUACUGGUGCCACAUCAUUUUCAAAUUUAGAAUCAUCACAAACAGUAACUUUGACAUUAUCAAUUGUAAGUGAUGGUGAAACUGAAGGUCUUGAAGAAAAGAUAUUACGCUAUAAUUGUCCUUCAUCAUACUAUAAAAGUUUCACAAGUACCAUAUCUAUUUUAAGUCAAGGUGGUGGUGGUGGUGAUCCACAUUUUUCUGUUUUUGUAAAGGAUAAGAAUGGUUUGGGAAUGAAGCAAAUUUGUUUUGAUGUUUCUUCAACUUAUUACAGGAAAUUGAAAAUUUUUAAAGAUUUCAAACAAAAUAUUACUGUAUUUGGUGUUCUAAAAGAUGACUACUAUAUGCAUCAGAUUGUCUUUUCUUUAAAUAAUCAUAAUUUGGCCAUUGCUCUAGAUGGAGUGUACAUUCAGGAUCAAAAAUAUCAAGACUGGCAUUCUACAAAAAAACCAAUUCAAAUUGGAGAUUUUACUGUGACUCUAGCACCUGAGAAUAAUAUAUUUUUAGUUGGAAUAAAGAAACAGAACCACUCUAAAUCUGAAUUUUUCUCAGUAAAAAAAUCAAAGAAGCUUGUAGUUGGAGAAUUUUUAGAUAUUAUCAUUCAAACACAAUUGGCAAACAAGAAAAAUGGAGGAUUACUUGGUAUUGUUUACCAAAAAAAUUUUCAUUUCUUUAAGAAUGUUCAAGACAGUGAAAAUAAUAUGGACUCUUCCGUCAUAGUAAAUGAUAGACUGGUUCAUUCCAAGAUAGUAAAGAGAUAUAAUAAUGAUUGUUGGCUACUUGAUGUAAAUGAUAUCCUCUUCCAGAAAAUUUGA